CUGCGCGUUCCAUCCGGUUGUCCGACCGUUAGUUUUCGAACCGCGGCGCGAGGCGAGACGUGGCGACGGCGGCAGCGAGUGACCAGAGACCCCCCACACACACACACACACAGAGACAGGCGGAGGGGAGGCCCGGCCAUGGCGCGCUCGACAUUGGAGCGCCUCGUCGCGUUCUCUCUCCGCUCCUUCUCGAACUUUCUCCUGGCGCUGCUGUCGGUGGCUCAGAGGUGCCGCGGGGGCGGGCGGGUCAACAACUGCCGCCCGCUCCCACCGGCCACCGAGCCGCUGCUCCUGCACUCGGGGGUACAGCUGGCCUCCAGGAUACGGCGGCGACAGGUAAAGUGUAUAGAAGUAAUACAAGCGUACAUCAACAGGAUCAGAGCUAUCAAUCCUAUUGUCAAUGCCAUCGUUGCAGAGAGGUUUGAAAAUGCUUUGGCAGAGGCCCAGCAGGUAGACAACUGGCUUGCUGAAGGGAGCGAAGAUGAGAAAACACUGGAGGAAACUGUACCUUUCCUAGGGGUUCCUUUCACAGUCAAAGAGGCAUUUUCAUUGGAAGGCUUGCCCAACUCCUCUGGUCUUGUAAACCGUAAGAAUGUAAUUGCUACGACAGAUGCCGUUGUUGUGGCUAACCUCAGAAAAGCUGGUGCCAUUCCAUUAGGAGUCACAAACUGUAGUGAACUUUGCAUGUGGUAUGAAUCGAACAACAAAUUGUAUGGGAUCACCAGAAACCCAUACAGCGUGGAUAGGAUUGUAGGAGGAAGCUCAGGUGGUGAAGCAUGCAUUAUUGCUGCAGCUGGGUCGCUAAUGGGAGUAGGUUCUGAUAUUGGUGGAAGCAUUCGGAUGCCAGCCUUCUUUAAUGGUGUCUUUGGACACAAGCCUUCAGCAGGUCUGGUCCCUAACAACGGUCAAUUUCCAAAUGCAGAGCAUCAAAGAAUCGAUUUUCUUUGUACUGGUCCUAUAUGCCGCUACGCCGAGGAUCUUAUUCCAAUGUUGAAAGUCAUGGCUGGUCCAAAUAUCUCCAAGAUAAAGGUUGAUGAAAAAGUUUCCAUUUCGAAAAUGAAAUUCUACUCCAUGGAACAUGAUGGCGGGUCCCCAUUUCUAUCCAGAGUUGACAAAGAACUGACUGAUGUUCAAAGGAAAGUAGUUGACUUUCUUGAAAUACAAUAUGGUGUUCAGGUACAACAUGUUCAGAUCCACAAAAUGAAGUAUGCUUUUCAGAUUUGGUCAGCAAUGAUGUCCUUCGAACACAACGCUGAAAAGGAACAGCAAUCCUUCAGCGAGCUGAUGGGAAACAAUGGAAAGAAAGUGAUACCGAUAUGGGAAUUACUGAAAUGGCUUUUGGGAUGUUCAACACAUACAUUUCCUGCUAUAGGUCUCGGUGUAGUAGAGUCGUGGGCUAAGGUAAAUCGCUCCGGUAACGUCAACCUGGUAAACAUGUGUCAAAACCUUCGGACAGAGCUCACCAAUUUACUGGGAGCUGAUGGUGUGCUUUUAUACCCAUCUCAUCCCAAGAUUGCUCCCAAGCACCACCAGCCCAUUUUCAUGCCCUUCAACUUUGCAUAUACAGCGGUUUUUAAUGUGGUUGGACUGCCAGUGACUCAGUGUCCACUUGGGCUGAGCAAAGACAAGCUACCUCUGGGAAUUCAGCUUGUUGCUAAUCACUAUAAUGAUCAUCUCUGUCUGAAUGUGGCUCAAGAAUUAGAGAAAGCAUUUGGUGGUUGGCAAAAUCCAGGUUCACUCUGAAUACAUUGAAGAUCAACCUCAUUCAUAGAUGGAGGGUUUUUGUACCCAUUAACUUUCCUUUCCAGAAUGAUCUAGCAACACAUUAUAUGCAACAUUGAGUACAAUUUAUUUUCUGAAGAGAGAUUGCUCUUUGUCCACUACCGCUCUAGAGUAAUUUUAGAUAUGAAACAUUUGUUGAAAGGUAGCAAGCCAUUAGAAAAUGUUUCUCAACUCUUUCAUUGCUAAAAUUCUAUAUACUGUACCUUUUACUAAAGACCCUCUAAGACUCUAUAAAUGAUUUGACAUUCACAGGAACCUAAUGCAAUUAGAUGACCACGUUAACUAGGGCUUCUGAGAAAGAAUUCAUUUUGAGAUUUUGGCGUUUAUUGCUGACAAUACUUGCUUUUUAUUUAGAUUUAUUUAGAUUUCUUACCUGCAUAUAAGUUCUGAUGAAUGUAGAACAACAGCAUCACCUCUUUGCUUUUAUAUUCCAAUACCUCAUUUGCCUUUUAAAUCUACUCCAGUCAAACAGUGCACUAAUUGUUUCAUAAGGUCUAUCCACAAUAACAAUUAAAUCUCUUUUCUGAGCAUGCCCUUCCACUCAGUUUCUUGCUCUCAUAUAUGCUCUUAAUAUAUUUGAGUUAAAUCCUGCAAGAAAUGCCAGCCAUUAUCAUUAUAUAACUUGCACUGCCCAACAGAGUUAAGCAUUUUUCACAAUAGCUAUAAGAUUAGAGUGAAGAAAAAGUUAACUCUUUCAGUUUAAAUCAUUUUUUUAAUGGCACUAAGAAAGUGACUUGAAAUAAUUUACUAAAUGUAACAAUAAUAAUGGAAAUCUAACAGUUAUACAUUUAGGUUAUACAUUUAGUUUUGUUUCGAGUGAGUUGUGGACACAGUGAUGUGUUCUUAUUGAUGUGUAGCAAAGCAUUUUUAACAAACUUUGAUGCAUAUAUUCUGAUGUUUAAUUUGAAAGUAAGGAAAAUACUCUUAUUGAUUAGGUCUAGAGGGCUUUUUGUAUUAGGAUGCUGAAACCAGUCAAACACAAGGACGUGCAUUUUCACUUGAUUUUUCUCUUUUCCAUAAAUAUUGAGUGAAAUAAUAUUUUCAGAGACGUAACAACCCAUAUUAUAUUAAUACCAUCUCCUUGUCUUGCUCCACAAUCACACUAGAUUCACUGCCAACUGUCCAGCCUUAAUAUUAUCUAGUGAUAAAUCAAUUUAAAGCUCAAUCUAUUAAACAGCUUAUGCUUAAUAUACAUCAUUGGCAACAUAUUCUCCCAUCUACCAUUGAUUUUCAUUUGUCUUUCAAAAGGUCUCCAAUUAUUUUAUAUACAGGACUUAGAGCCUCUCCAAAUGUUGUUGUCUGCUUGUUCCAUUCCUGAUAUGCCUACUGUUUGACUUACCAAUUUGCUUUUUAUUUGUGAAUCCCAUAUUUUGGGAUUCCAGAGCAAUGUGCUUCUCCAGCAACAAGAUUGCAGAAAAAAAGAGCAGCCAGAUUCCAAUGAUUUCUAAGCACAAAGUUGGCUGUUCUCUCCUCGCACAUCUGCAAACUGCCCCCCCCCCACAUUAUGUGCUGUAAAUCAACUCUAGGUGGAUUGCACUGCCGCCAACAAAUUGCCUUCAGCCAGAAUUCCUGCCUUGAGCAAUUUACAAAGAUCACUUUCAAAACUGAUGAACCUACAUAUAACAAAUCAGUCCACUCCCCUCCCCUGCUUCCCCCCGGAUAUACUUCCUAUGAUUUGAUUGUGGAGCAUCUUGAGCCUUAGAAUUAAUAGUUCCUAAUGAUGUUUUUUAUACUUGUAUCUUUUCUCAGCCUGCAACUUAAAUUUAUUUUAUGUAGAUGGAAUUUCCAUAAUAACCCUUUAUUAUACUAGUAGCCCUACUUGGCACUGAAUGGAAUGUUAUAAAAAUAUCUUCACAAUACUUACAAAUGGGUAGAAAGAAGAAUUUCUAAUUACUUUUCCCUCACAAACACACUUCAUUCUCCUGAAAGCCAUCCAAGCAUUUAGAAGGUACUAUCUGAAAUUUCUAAGAAGUGGAGUCAUAUGACUCUUCAAACUAUUAUUGUUAUCUGUGCAUUAAUUGAGGUACAUUUAUGUCUUCCCUUGCACUGGAGUGCUAUUAUCUUUGCAAUACUGGUUCAAUCAAUAGCUAAAAAGGUGGAGUAUCACUGGAGUGUUCUUCAUUUGUCUUGUAAAUUAGAAUAUUAGUCCAUAAUUGUUGGAACAGUGUGUUAGUAUGACCUAACUGGUUAGGCAGCUUCAGCUAUGAAGAUAACUACAUCUAAAUGCACAUGUUUAAUUGGUGACAAUUACGUAUAAACAUUGGUAUCCAAGUAUUAAGUCCCCGGGUUCCGUUCCAGCACAGAUUAAAUUUAGGAGUAACAACAUAUAACAGCAUUAAUGUGCAAUAUACUUUCCUGGAAAGAGGCAUACAAUUAGGACUUAUUAUUCAGCACCCCAAUUACAUGGUAAAAAUACAGUAAGUGCAUUUAAUGCUGGUUUGAACCUAAUGUUUGGUCUAUUGAUUUUUUUCAAAACAGAAAUUCCUGAUCAAUUAUAAGUAGAUUUGAUAAAACUAUAAUAAAUGGCUAAUUGUCAUGGCUUUUAAAUUUGGAUUCAAACACAAUGGAAAUGUUCAUGGCUUUUAUUGGCAUUGUUAAGACAAACUUCCAACAGCUGGAGGCCUUGCUGAAGAAGGGUACUUGUUUUUCCUGCAAAUCGAAAGGUACUCCCUAACUUUCUGAUGACUACUGAGCUUCUCGCAGAGCUUUAAAAUAUGAGGCUAAUGAGUCUGAUGUAUGAGCUAACAAAAAAAAGCCUUUCGCUGCUAUGUGAAGGAAAGUAACAAUUGCAGGCCCUUUUCCUGAUGUCAUGAUAAGAUCAGUGAAUCUUAUUGUCCCCCUCAAGAUUUUUCCCUUUGAAUCUGAUUAGAGUGUCUGAGGUCAUACAGUAUUGUGGGUAGUUCAGAUCUAAAGAAUGAGGAAAGACCCUAUUGAAGGAGAUAUUUCUUUAUAAGGCUAUGUUCCUUAUUGGCACUUUAUGCGAUCUAAAUACUGUUUCACUCAGAAGUAAUUCUUUGUUCCUUCUUAUUAGCAUUAUAUUUUCUAAUUUGCAUAUUGUCUGAAGUUUAUGUUAAAUUAUUGAUAAACGUUUCCUUUUUUCAUGCUUGAAUUAAUUUAUGUAACCUAUUGGUAUAUUUUGGGUGUAUUGUGUUUAAUGUUGCACUAAUGUUAUUUCAUUUAUGUAAAAUCUUUGGCAGUACGAUGUGGCCUGUAUCAUUAAUUGUGUAACACACUGUAAAAAUUAUUAAAAGUAUCAAAUGCUGA